AUGGCUGGUGUUGAAGAUACGAAAGAUACGCCCGAAAAGCAAGCACAAAUGGGUACAAGAGAGUACAAAGCCGAUGAUGCAGCAACCGAGCUAAAGGUAAAGUUUAUAAGAGGUGGCUCACAUAUGUAUCGAUCAGGAUCAUAUGUGGAAACGGCGAACAGUUAAUG